AUGAACUUUUAUGAUCCAUGGACCAAACAGGUAAAUCAAUUCUAUGGAUCAUCAUCUAAUGGAAACCACAACAACAACAACAAUAACAAUAACAACAACCUUGUACAAGCAUCAAUCAUACGUAAACAUCGUAUUGUUUAUGUUGAUUCACCAUCAUCAUCAAUUGAUAAUAGUAAAUCGGUUACAAUACAGGUACCAGCACAAGCAAUACCAUUAACAUUAAUAUUACGAUCAAGUUCAAGUAAUUUAAAUGUUAUACCACAACAUGAUGGAUCGAAUGGUGGCAUAUAUGAAGAAACGGUUUCCACUGAUGAACCAAUUCGUUUAAUACACACAAUACGGAAACCAAUAUAUCAGGAAAUAUAUGAAUAUAUUAAACCAUAUCGAUAUGUUAAACAACAAAUUCUACCUGUUCAAGAAACAAUUAGUACAAUUAUUUCUAGACAACCAUUGAAUAAUAAUAAUAAUGAUGAUGAUCAACAACAACAACAACAA